AUGCUCCUCAAUCCCAGAUUCUUCCUAGGACUCAUAUCGUUAGCGACCGCGGCGUUUUCAACGACUACCCGUGAGCGCGAUAUCGUCACCCAUCGACCCACGCGACCUCCUUCAUAUCCCUUGGCUGUUAGGAGUCCGUACCUCUCAACAUGGAUGCCCAGCGACCAAGUACAAACACUGCCAUAUGCAGAGCCCCAGUUCUGGGCUGGUCAGAGCCUGACCUGGUCCAUUAUGGCGCGAGUCGACGGCCAGUCUUAUAGUCUGAUGAGCAUCACGAAUCCCAGCGAUAAGAUCCGUCCUGCUAUUGUGCGAACCGCUGAGUAUACUGCGACUCAUUCUGUAUUUACGCUUUCUGCUGGUCCGGUUAUAUUUACUUUGGACUUCUUCUCUCCGAUAUCCCCGUCUAAUUAUUUGAGGCAGUCGCUUCCAUUCAGUUAUCUGACUGCGAGUGUCUCUGAAGCCAAUUCAAAUGAUAUCCAGAUAUAUACAAGUUUCGAUGGCAGAUGGGCUGGGAGAGAGCAGGCCACCGCUCGCAAUUUCCAUCAGGACGGGUCCACCUUGGCAUAUGCCCUCAAGGUGAAGGAUGCAGUUCCCUAUACAGAACAAAGCGACAUGGCUACGUGGGGUGAAGCUAUCCUUUCAUCGCAGCGUACUUCUCAAUCGAAGCUUUCCUUUUCCUCGGGGAAGCGCGGAGAGGUGCGCUCCCAGUUCGUUAACCACGGCAAGUUGUCUGGUAAGGACGACACCUGGGUCCCUGGCGGAAUCGUUGCGUUUGCUCAUGAUGUUGGAGCUGUUAGCGGGAAUCAUUCCGUAAACUUCGCAGUUGGAUAUGUGAGGGAAAAGGCCAUCAAUUACCUAGGGAAGCCGUACACAGGUUACUACAGGGCCGAAUACCCGAAUACUUACAAGGCGCUAUCGCAUUUCUUCGAAGAUUACCCUGCUGCGGCUCUUGAAUCCGAUAUCGUCGAUUCUGUGAUGGAGAUACAGGCAAAGAAUGCUGGUGGUGCUAAAUAUGCGGAUAUUGUCACCCUCUCGGCUCGCCAGGCCUGGGGAGGGCUUGAUUUAACUAUCCCCAACGACUCACUGGACGCAGACGACGUGCUGGCAUUCGUCAAGGAGCUCUCCAGCAACGGCAAUCUCAAUACGGUAGACGUCAUCAUGCCUGCAUUUCCCAUCUACUACGCUAUGGAUCCAGACUAUAUCCGCCUUUUGCUGGAACCAAUGAUGCGCUACCUUGCUGCUGGCCGUUGGCAGCAGCCGUACGUGAUCCAUGAUAUGGGCUCGCAUUACCCCAAUGCCAUUGGUCAUGAUGACCAGAAGGCAGAACCGAUGCCUAUUGAGGAGUGUGGAAAUCUAAUGGUUCUCGUUCUGGCCUACGUAAGAGCAACUGGUGACAUGGCCUGGGCGGACCGGUACAUCCACCUCUUGCGAAAGUAUGCAGACUACUUGGUUGAAAACAGCAUCAACAUUGAUUUGCAGCUGUCCUCCAACGAUGCUGCAGGCCCUCUCGCCAAUGAGACCAACCUCGCGAUAAAGGCGGCAGUUGGGCUCAAGGCAUUUGGAGAGCUAAGCGGGCUCACCGAGUAUUCGCGGAUCGGUGAAGAGCGCGCCGAGCUCUUCUUCACCCAGGGCCUUGGAACCGACGAGGAAAAAUCCCAUUUUGCCCUGCAAUACCCUGACGAGCCUGCGUCAUGGAAGAUUCCGUACAAUCUAUUCCCGGACGUGCUGUUCGAUCUCGAAACGUUCCCCAAAGAAGCCUAUCAGAUGGGAGACACCUUCUUCAAGGGAGUCCGUGCCGAGUACGGUGUCGCAUUGGAUAACCGGCAGGACUGGGCCAAAUCUGACUGGAACAUGUGGCUGGCGGCCACGUUCGACGACAAGGCCACUCGCCGUGAGUUCAUCCACGAUCUCUGGGCAUACAUGUCCAACGGCAAACACAACUGGCCAUUCUCCGAUCGCUAUGUCUCUACAUCGGCUCAGGGUAAUGAUCCCGGGCGUCCAGUUCUGUGUCGCGCGCGACCGACAGUUGGUGGCCACUUUGCCCUGGUUGCGCUCCAGGGGCCCAGGUGCCUGCAAGCUGCGGUGGCGCGAGAGCUCGAGGAUGCGCAGAAAGAGGCAUCCGAGAUACCUCGUCCCCCUCACAGCUUCGCCGGACCACAAGGCUACUCGCUCCCUAACGGUGCCUCAGGCCCAGUCCCUGGCGCCGCCCCUCUACUACCCAACAACGGACGAGUUAUCCAAAAUGGGCCUGUGAGAGUGCUGUGUAUUGCAGAUGUGCGAGGAAAUCUGAAGUCUCUUAACGAGUUGGCCAGACAAGCCCGUGCAGACCACAUUAUCCAUACCGGUGACUUUGGUUUUUACGAUGAUAGUUCGCUGGAGCGGAUUGCGGACAAAACCCUUAAACAUGUCGCUCAAUACUCUCCCCUGCUACCGGAAGGCGUGAAGCGCGCAAUUGCUCAGACCCCUCCCCAGCAGUCGAUCAAGUCGAGGUUCACACCAGAUCAACUACCCCUUUCAGAGCUCUCCAUGCUGCUGGAUAAGCGGCUCACACUCGAUGUUCCUGUAUACACUGUUUGGGGUGCGUGUGAGGAUGUCAGAGUGCUAGAGAAGUUCCGCUCGGGUGAAUACAAGGUUGACAAGCUGCACAUCAUUGACGAGGCCAACUCUCGGUUGCUGGACAUUGGUGGCGUCAAGCUGCGCCUGCUGGGUUUGGGAGGCGCGGUUGUGAUGCACAAGCUUUUCGACAACGGUGAAGGGAAGACAACUAUUGCGGGUGGCCAAGGAACCAUGUGGACGACUCUGCUACAGAUGGGUGAAUUGAUCGACACCGCCAACCGUGUUUACGACCCGUCGGAAACCCGUAUCUUUGUUACGCACGCUUCACCCGCCCGCGAGGGUAUGUUGAACCAGCUUUCCGUGACUCUCAAGGCCGAUUUCUCAGUUUCCGCCGGUCUUCAUUUCCGCUACGGUUCGUCUUACAACGAGUUCUCUGUGAACCCCUCGCUCGACCACUAUCGGGGCAAGCUGGCCGCGUCCAAGGCUUCUUUCAAUGAUGUGUGGGAGACCGUGCGGGGCGAGGUCGAGUCCGCUAUUCACCAGAACGACGCUCAGAAAACACUGCUGGAAAACGCCCUUGGUGUGGUUGAGAAGAUGCCUUCUGUGGCCAAUGGCGGGAACCCCUUCGGUGGCCCGGUCAACCCUGGCAGUGCUAGCGGCCAGGUAGACGAGAGUGCGUUCAAGAACAUGUGGAACUUCAACUUGGCGGAUGCUGCCUUCGGGUUUUUGGUCCUUGAGAUCGAGUCUGGACGUAUCGGCACGGAAAUGCGCGCUCAGGGAUUCAACUUUGCUCACCGUACCGGCAAGCCCCUACCCUCUGGUGCUCCCCAGCCUGCUCCCCAAACAGGUGCUCCAGUUAGCGUACCCUCGCCCGUCAAUUCCACUCGUCCAAAUGUUGCCACACCUCAGUUUGGUCAGACUCAGCCCAUUCCCACUCGUGCCGCACCCCCUGCACAGGGUAAGGGACCUGCCGCUGCAGCUCGCACCUCUCCUGCUCCGGUCCUUCCCAAGUCCGUAACCCCACAGCCCUCUACUACAGCUGAAUCUGCUGAGAGCUCGGUUACUCUCGAGGCCAAUGGCUCGGCACACCCUGAAAAGCAAGGGGAAUCUCCAGCCCCCAAGACGGAGCGGAAGCAGAGCAACGCUCUAUUCAUCUCGAAUGUGGAGAAUGAGCAAGCUGCGCGGGAGCUAUUCGGCGAAGAGGACAAGGCAAAGCUACUAAAGGUAGAGAAAUGGGGCAAGUACAACCACGUUGCCACAUUUGGAACCGUGGAGGAUGCCAAGGCUGCUCUUGAUCACCUCCCCAUUGAGAACAAGAAGUCCACUCCUCCCGGCCAACCACGAAAGCCCAACGUCAAGUUCUUCGAAGACCGUGGCAGUCACCGCGGGAAUGCCGGCACAUGGCAAAGCAGCAACCGAGGCGGUAGCAACGCAUCACAACGCGGAGGAUACCAGAGUGGAGGAGCGAGCGAUAGCGAGACCGGACGCGGACGAGGCUUGGGUGGGCGAGGCGGCGGCCGUGGACGCGGUGACCGUGGACGCGGCGGCCGAGGUGGUCGCGGAGGAUUCAACAAGUCAGGCCCAACGGAUUCAUCUGCUCCAUCAACGUCGACACCGACUGGUGAUAAGCCAGCUGCGUCUGGUGACGCCUAA